AUCCUUUGAAAAGAAGGACCAUCAAAGUUUCCAACAUGAAGAUAACUUUUCAUGUAAUGUAUGCAAUUCUAGUUUUUUCAUCAACACUUGCACAAAUUUCAGCACAGAAAGAAGCAGAAUCACUGAUGAGAUGGAUGAAAAGUUUGAACUCUCCCAUGUUGUCUUCAUGGAACAUCACAAAUAACAACACAAGUCCAUGCAACUGGAAAGGAAUCAAGUGUAACAAUGGUGGAAGUGUUGUUGAGAUAAAGCUUCCAAAUUCAGGCCUUGAUGGAACUCUCAACAGGUUUGAUUUCUCUUCUUUUCCUAAUCUCACUACACUUAAUCUCACCAUGAACAACCUUGUUGGAAAAAUCCCAUCUGAGAUAGGAAAUUUAACAAAAUUGCAAGUUCUUGAUCUUAGUAGCAACAAUUUCACAUAUCAAAUGCCACCAAAAAUAGGUAACCUCUUAGAGCUACAAGUUCUAAUCCUAUCAAACAAUUCACUGUUGCAACAAAUUCCAUAUGAACUUAGCAAUCUGCAGAAUUUAAGAAUUCUUGAACUAGGUGGUAACUUUUUAAGCAAUCCUGACCCAAAAUUCAAGGGCAUGACAUCCCUAACAGACCUUAACCUCACAUAUAAUUCUCUCACAGAAUUUCCACCAUUUGUUCUUAAAUGUCCAAAGCUUGUGUCUCUUGCUCUUUCAAUGAAUACUAUUGGGAAAGUUCCAGUUCAAUUGUUCAACAGUCUCAAGAACCUAACAACCCUUGACCUUACACAAAUCCAAUUAGAGGGUCCAAUUCCAACAGAUAUUAAGAAUCUUUCAAAGCUUAAACACCUUGGUCUUGGAAUCAACCAGCUAAAUGGUACAAUUCCAAAGGAGAUAGGUCUAUUAUCAUCACUUGAGAUUCUUGAACUGCAUGAAAAUUCCUUCCAAGGACCAAUACCAUCCACAAUUGGAAAUCUCACAAUGCUUCAGAGACUUGAUCUUCACAGCUCAGGGAUAAAUUCUAGCAUCCCAGAUGAAAUAGGCUUCUGCACAAACCUUACUUUUAUCGAUAUGUCCGGAAAUAACCUCACAGGUUCCUUACCUCUUUCAAUGGCUUCACUAACAAGAAUCAAAGAGAUGGGAAUAUCUGCUAACUAUCUAUCUGGAGAACUUCAUCCAUCUCUUCUUUCCAAUUGGACAGAAAUCAGUUCCUUGCAACUCCAAAUGAAUUAUUUGUCAGGAAAACUUCAUCCUGAGCUUGGUUUGCUUCAAAAUCUUACUCUCUUGUUCCUCUACUCCAACCGGUUUUCUGGACCAAUUCCACCAGAAAUUGGAAACUUAUCAAGCAUAGAAGAUCUUGAACUUUCUGACAACAAUUUCAAUGGUUCUAUACCAUCAACCAUUGGAAAGUUGCAGAGCCUCACCCAGCUAACACUGGCCACAAACCAACUCAGUGGAAUCCUUCCUCCUGAAAUAGGUGAUUUGGAAAGUCUUGAAUCCCUUGACUUGAGUGGAAACAACCUUGCAGGGUCUUUGCCAUCAUCAAUAGUUCGUUUGGAAAACCUCAAUCUCCUUUAUCUUCACAACAACAAUUUCUCAGGAAGCAUUCCACAAGAUUUUGCACCUUCUUUCUUAACCAAUUUGACCUUUUCCAACAAUAGUUUCUCCGGGAAGCUACCUUCAGGAGUAUGCAGGGGAGGGAACCUUGUCUACUUAGCUGCCAAUCAGAACAAUCUAGAAGGUCCAAUCCCAGAAAGCCUGAGAAACUGCACUGGACUAAUCAGAGUUCGUCUUGAGAAGAACUCUCUUAGUGGAGAUAUCACGAAUGCAUUCUCCAUAUACCCGAAUCUGAGCUUCAUUGAUUUAGGACAAAAUCAGCUUACUGGUUCAUUGACAAAUAACUGGGGAGAGUGCAAAAAUCUCUCAAGCUUUAGCAUAUCGUCCAAUAAGAUUCAAGGGAACAUCCCUCCUGAGCUUGGAAGUUUGCCAAAGCUGCAAAAUCUUGAUCUCUCAAACAACAAUCUAACAGGAAGCAUCCCAGUGAAGCUCUUCAGUCCAUCUUCCCAGCUGCUUAAACUAAACAUGAGCAACAAUAAUCUCUCGGGUCAGUUACCGACCAGCAUUGGAGCACUUUCACAGCUGCAAUUUCUGGAUUUAUCAGCAAACAAUAUGAGAGGGUCAAUUCCAAAAGAACUCGGAAACUGCAGAAAGCUUAUAUCACUGAAGCUGAGUAUGAACCAGUUAGAUGGCAAUAUGCCAAUUGAGCUUGGGAAUUUAGUGGAGUUGCAGCCUCUGUUGGAUCUCAGCCAUAACUCACUAAGUGGACAGAUAAUCACACAGCUGGGAAAUCUGAUAGCCUUGGAAAUUUUGAACCUUUCCCAUAAUCAGCUUUCUGGGACAGUUCCUUCUGCUUUGGAAGGACUAAUAAGCCUUCAGUCAGUGGAUAUUUCUUAUAACAAACUUGUAGGUCCCCUCCCGGACCUAGCUGCUUUUCAAAAUGCUUCGUCCGAAGCUCUAGCCGGCAAUGCAGGUUUGUGUGCUGGUACUGCUAGCAAUAGCAAAGCAAAUUUGAUUCCUUGUGUUGGAAGCAAAAGCAGCAAAUCAAAUAAACAUAAGGUGAUCAUUGCAGUAGUCAUUCCACUUGCUGUUCUAUUCAUUUUAUCAGUUUCCCUUGGAGUCUUCGCCUUGCUGCGCUACAAGAGAGUCGAUCAAGAAGAAGAGGACAAGAGUGAAGAUGGAAAGGACUCACUCUUUGUAUGGAAUCACAGGAGCAUAGUAGAGUUUAAGGACAUUCGCAAGGCGACUGAGAAUUUUGGUGACAAGUACUGCAUAGGCAUAGGAGGACAGGGAAGUGUCUACAAAGCAGUGCUUCCAACAGGUGAUAUCUUCGCAGUGAAGCGUCUCCACCAAAUUGAGGAUAUAGACUUCUCCGGACACCAGACAAAGAAUUUCAUGUCUGAAGUUCAUGCCUUAACCAAUAUUCGCCACAGAAACAUUGUAACAAUGUGUGGUUUUAGUUACUCGGACGGGUCUAUAUUUUUCAUAUAUGAGCAUGUGGAGAGAGGAUCUUUGCAGAAGCUGUUGCAGGACGACGAGGAGGCGAAGAUGCUGACCUGGAAUAUCAGGCUGCAGAUAAUAAAAGGACUUGCAAAUGCAUUGUCUUACUUGCACCAUGAUUGCAAGCCCAGCAUUGUUCACAGAGACAUAACAGGGAACAAUAUUCUCUUGGACAUUGAUUAUGAGCCUAAACUAUCUGAUUUUGGGACAGCAAGGUUGCUGAAAGAAGAAGAAUCAAAUUGGACAGCUCCUGCUGGAUCAUACGGCUAUAUAGCACCAGAGCUUGCAUUUACCAUGAAAGUGACUGAAAAAUGUGAUGUAUAUAGUUUCGGAAUUGUUGCACUAGAGAUUUUGGCAGGGAAGUACCCUCAUGAACUACUUUCGUGUCUAGAAUCUGGGGGAUUUGAUCAACACCUUGUGGAUUUUUUAGAUAAGAGAAUUGAUCCUCCAACAAGAAAUUCUGUUCAACUCCUAGUAUUGGUGGCAAGGAUGAUUCUAAAAUGUGUUGAUAAAGAUCCUAUGGCAAGACCCACCAUGCACCAAGUAUGCCAAGAGUUUUCUUCAUCUUCUGAUUACUCAUCCUCUAACCCGUUGAGAAUGAUCAAAUUAAAAAAUUUAAUAGACAUGUAAUAAUAAACAUUGUUCAACACUCUUUUUCCUAAGUGCUGGUUUGUAUAGAGUAA